AUGAAUAGUCAUUUGUUGUUAUUUUGCUUAAGUAUAAUUAGUCGCGUUAGUUCAAAUACAGAAACCUGCAACAAGUUUGAAACUUGCACUGAAAAUGAAACCAAGAACAAAUACGACAGAGAAGUCAAUGAAUGGGCACAAAAACUUAAACAGAACAUAAAUUCCGCCUUAGAACAAUAUGUACCAUGUAAAACUGCUAACUGUAGUUGUCAUAAAUCGAUAAUUGACUUGGACCUACUGCCAUUCCAAGAUGGUAUCACCAAAGAGCUAUUUGAUACAGCUGUAUCUAAAGGAACUAAAUAUCAGAUAAUAAAUGGCAAAUUAUACAGAGAGAUUGACUGCCAUUUCCCGGCUAGGUGUGCUGGAGUGGAACACUACUUGACUGCUUUGGCUCCUAAAAUGCCAAACUUAGAAAUAGCAAUUAAUACUAGAGAUUGGCCACAAGUUAAUAAACUAUGGGGUCAUCCAAAAGCUCCAGUAUUCUCUUUCAGUAAGACAAAAGAUUAUUACGAUAUAAUGUAUCCUGCAUGGAGUUUUUGGGAAGGGGGCCCUGCAAUAUCUCUUUAUCCAACAGGUAUAGGCAGAUGGGAUAAACACAGAAUAUCGAUUUCUAUUGCAGCUGAAAAGUGGCCAUGGGAGGCAAAACAAGACAAAGGAUUUUUUCGAGGUUCGCGCACAAGUGAAGAAAGAGAUACGUUGGUAUUACUUUCACGAUCUGAACCUCACCUAGUUGAUGCCCAGUACACAAAAAAUCAAGCCUGGAAAUCAGACAUGGACACCCUUUAUGCCGAGCCAGCUCCAGAAGUACCAUUUGAAGAACACUGUAAAUUCAAGUAUCUAUUCGACUACAGAGGAGUAGCUGCCAGUUUUCGAUUUAAACAUUUGUUUCUAUGUAAAUCAUUAGUUUUUCAUGUUGGUGACCAAUGGCUAGAAUUUUUCUACCCUUCUUUGAAACCAUGGGUACAUUACGUACCCAUUAGUGUAAAAGCGACAGAAGAUGAUAUCAAACAACUCCUCAUAUUUUUUAAAGAAAAUGAUCAGCUAGCAUCUGAAAUUGCAAAUCGGGGCUUCCAGCAUAUAUGGGAUCAUUUAACUGACAAGGAUGUAAAAUGUUAUUGGAGAAGAAUAUUGAAAAAAUAUAGUACACUUGUAAAGUAUGAUGUUGUUAAAGAUCACAAGAUGAAAUUAAUCUCGUAG